GCUCCCGCCUCCUCCAGCUCACGCGCUCAGCACCAGCUCAGUCUCAGAACGAGAGGAUGAUGGCGGAAGACGAGCAUCCUAUUUGAGUCCGCGAUUUGUUUAUUAUUAUUGUUUUUUUUUUUAUUUUGACGUAUACUACGCAGAACCGUAAAAACUCGAGCUCUUUGGUCGGUUUAAGUAAUUUAAAAAAAAAAAAAAAGGCAAUGGGGAACGAAGCCAGCCUCGAAGGCGGGGAAGGAGGCUCUGUGCUCGGGGUGGCGGGAGCUCCAGGUUCCGUUUCAGCAUCACCGGGCUCUGGACAGCAUAUCAAGCCUGUGAAUGGCGCUGCGGCUGGUGGUGGAGCUGCUAUGGGAACUGGGACGGGGAUGAACAGGCUGGCUGGAGCUCCUACUUCACCGAAAACAGGCUAUGGCUCUAGUGGUGGCGUAGGGGUGGGUGGUGGCGGCUUGGGCAUGGGUAGCAUGGGAGGAAUGCCAGGACGAGGAGACACCUACAGACUGGCCACCCAUGAGAGCCCAAGACCGUCUCCAACCCCUCAAUCUCAGAAUCAGGCAACAUCCCAGGGCAUGGGGACUGACCAUGGUCCUGGACAGCAUGCCUCCAGACGGAACCUCCAGGUGGACUUCAGCAGUGGCGGCAGUGUAGGGCGAUCAGGUCGAUCUCCAUCGGUGUCUCCUGAUCGGGGCAGUGCUCCCAGCUCACCCUACUCAGUGCCCCAGAUAGCACCCAUGCCCAGCAGUAAACUGUGCCCAAUCUGCAACACCACAGAGCUGACCAAUGCUGACAGAGCACCCAACUUCAACAAGUGCACCCAGUGUCGCACCACUGUGUGCAACCAGUGUGGCUUCAACCCCAACCCACACCUCACAGAGGUCCAGGAGUGGCUGUGUCUGAACUGUCAGAUGCAGAGAGCCCUGGGAAUGGAUAUGACCACACCCCGCUCCAAGAGUCAGCAGCAGAUUCAUGCUUCCUCCCAACAACCUAAAGCAGAUCCUGUGAUACCUCCUCAUUCCCAGCCUUCAGCUCAGCCCAAACUGCAGACUCAACACCAAACCCAACCCCAUACCAAAAUCCAACCACCGGCUCAAAGCCAGGCCUCUCUGGGCCCCCAGACAGAAAGUGAAACUUACCAGAAAGGACCUCAAAAAUCAGGACUUUCAGCCCAAACUGGACCUUCUCAAAUUGCACAUCAAGGAGCCCAAUCAGGGUCCCAGAGUCAAAGUGUUGAGUUUAGGCAGAGGGGCCCAGGUGGAGCACCCCAAACAAGCUCACGGAUCCCUCACCCCGGUGCUGUGCCAUUACCAGGCCUGGCGAAAGCACCAUCACAGCCAGACCUUGGCCGUGCAUCUCCGGUUCACCGUGCUGGACGAUCAGAGAAUAUCCGAAGUGCUGGUAGUUCCCCAGCUCGCCGUCCAGCCUCAGUACAUGAGACCCCUCCUCAGGACGGCUUGACAAAGCUAUUUGGUUUUGGGGCAUCAUUGCUGAACCAAGCAAGCACACUAAUCUCAGUCGAUCCACUCCCUGGAGGAGGAGCCUCAGCACAACCCUCGCCUGCCCGACAACAGGGCACCCAGGGUACUAAGGUGAUCUUCAGCGAUGCUAAUGCUAAAGCUAAAGCUAUGACUGGAGCUCCUGACUUGGACAAACGAGGAACAGGAGGAACCAUGCUUCCCCAGGGUCCACAUAUCCCUCCACAAAAACAACCUCAACAACAGCAGCAGUCAAUGGCAUCACAUCAACAAAAGGCAUCCCAAUUGCCAGCUCACCAUCAAAAGGGAGCUCAGCAGCAGUCACCGGCACAUCAUCAUACGGUAUUGCCACAGCAGCAGUCACCGGCACAUCAUCAGAAGGCAGCGCAGCAGCAGCCAACGGCACAUCAUCAAAAAGCUCCACCGCAGCAGCAAUCACCAUUGAAGCAGGUGCAGAAGUCCAAAGUCAGCUGCCCCUUGUGUAAGACUGAACUUAAUAUAGGAUCCAGUGAACCACCCAACUACAACUCCUGCACCCAGUGUCACACACAGGUCUGCAAUAUGUGCGGCUUCAAUCCGACACCUCAUCUUGUGGAGAAAAAAGAAUGGCUUUGUCUUAAUUGUCAGACCCAAAGACUAAUGUCUGGUGGACUUGAUGACUCCCCUCUUCAUGUUCCUUAUCCAUCUCCAAAACACCAACAAGUGGGCUCACCCCGGCACCAAGUUCUGACCAGUCAGCAACCUGCUGCACAGCCAACAUCUCAGAAAGUAUCCACUAAGCAACAGGAAGUGCCCAAUGCAAUGCCGCGACAGCAGAAAACUCCAGCAGCUGAUGGAUCUGCUCCUGUUGCUGCAACUGAAGUCAAAAUGGCAGGAGAUACAAAACCCCUCUCACAGUCCUCUUCAACCCCUGCCACAAAUAAAUCUGUCAGUGAAGCACAGAGGAAGGACAAGACCAUGCCAGAAAUGAUCAGUGAGCCUGAGCAUGUUUCUGCUGUUACUGAGGAAACUAAACCUACUUAUAAGAAAGGAACAACAGAACCCAUUGUGACCACCACAACUAAGGAUGAGAAAAAGGAUUCUCAGCAAUCCAGAUACUAUGAGGAGACAAGCAAAACAAACAGCACACAUGACCUAUCACGGAGUCCACAGAGCCUGAGUGAUACAGGCUACUCCUCAGAUGGGAUAUCAAGCUCACACAGUGAAAUUACAGGCCUUAUCCAUGAAGAAGAAAUGAAGUUAAGUGAGAAGAGUAUGUCUGGAAACCUUACGCCACCAAGCCCGUCUGAGAUAACUAAACUGGAGAGCUCCAUGCGACCUCUACUAGAGUCAAAGGUAUUCUCUGAAGGAGAGAAAACUUGGGACAAACAGCGUGGUAGAGAACGGCACCACAGAGACCCUGAUGACAGAAAGCACAGAUCCCAAUCACUAUCAAUUAGUCCAGAGCAAUAUGACUCAGAUGAAGAUCUAGAGGAUAUCAUGGAAGAGGAGGAGGACCCAACCGACUGGGAGGCCAAACGAGAGCUCAGGACAGUAGCUGCUGCUGGAGAGCCAAAGAAAAAGAAAAGGCCUGAACCUGCUGAUAUAACUGAUGAAGAGUUUAUGCGAAGGCAGAUCAUGGAGAUGAGUGCAGAUGAAGAAAAUGAGGAUGAAGAAGAUGAAGAAGAGUUGGAAGAGGAGGAAGAAGAAGAAGAAGAAGAGGAAGAUGACGAAGGAUAUGGUUACCAAAAGCCAAAAAAAAUACAUAAGCACAUAAGUGACUCAGGGAAAGAAAAGCGCCGUCUCACUCACCAUUCAAGCAGCUUUGAAGAGGGGAGCAAAACUACCUGUGAAAUCUACAAGGGAUCAGCUGAGGAAGGAGAGGAGGACCUAAUUGGCUCACAAGGAGGCCUACGGAGAUUCAAGACCAUAGAACUGAACAACACUAACAGUUAUAGCCGAGACAUGGAACUAAACAAUGAAAAUGACUUGAGCCUGGACAGAGAGCCUGAACUUGAAAUGGAAAGCCUUACAGGUUCCCCAGAAGAAAGAUCAAGGGGGGAGUAUUCCUCCACUCUCCCUCCUACAACUUCCACUUACAACUCAGGAACAUCUCCUACUUCUGUAUCCUCCAUGGAGGAUGACAGUGAUAGCAGUCCGAGCAGGAGACAACGUCUAGAAGAGGCUAAGCAACAGAGGAAAGCCAGACACCGGUCUCAUGGCCCCCUCCUGCCCACCAUAGAAGACUCCUCAGAGGAAGAUGAGCUGAGAGAGGAAGAGGAACUCCUGAGGGAGCAAGAAAAAAUGCGAGAAGUGGAGCAGCAAAGAAUCCGAAGUACUGCCAGAAAAACUAAACGAGAUAAAGAAGAGCUGAGGGCACAGAGACGAAGGGAACGGUCCAAAACUCCUCCAAGCAACCUGUCCCCCAUUGAAGAUGCAUCCCCAACAGAGGAGCUUAGACAAGCUGCUGAAAUGGAGGAACUCCAUCGCUCUUCCUGCUCAGAAUACUCACCUUCAGUGGAUUCUGAGGCUGAAGGGUUUGAAAUGUCAUCUAAGCUCUACAAGUCUGGUAGUGAGUACAAUCUGCCUACAUUUAUGUUACUGUAUUCUCCUACUGAAAAGCCAGAGACUUCAUCCUGUUCUACCAUUACAACUACCUCCUCAAGUGGAAAGCCUCUAAAGAGUGCAGAGGAAGUUUAUGAAGAAAUGAUGAAGAAAGCAGAGAUGUUACAGAAACAACAAAAGCAGCAGCAGCAGCAACAGCAGUCAACACAGCUGUAUAGCACUAGUGUCUAUCAGGAAGACGAUAGAAGAAAUGGACAGCAUUAUGAAGAUGAGUAUGACUAUAUUGACCAAGAUGAUACAGGCUAUGAGAAUGAGGAGGCAAGUGAUAUCUAUGAGGAAAUACGUCAGACUUCACAGAUCAUUACCAAGCAGUUGGAUGAUCAAGUGGAAAUGGAUGUGUCUUAUGCAGAUAAACAACUGCUAGACACAGGAUCAGCUUUUGCUAAACUCCUGGAGCAGAGCAACGCCCUCCUCACUCCUGGCACAAGCCCUACACAACUCUCAGCCCCAGUAUCAUUUUCAGAAACUGGAACAGGAGGACGAAUACCUGAUGUCAGAGUAACUCAACACUUCUCCAAGGAUGGGCAUAAAGAUAGACUUAGAGGUCAUGCUGCCAAAAAUGCCAUUAUACCCUCAACUGCUGCCACUACUAUCACUGCAUAUGGAGUAUAUGCCAGGGAUGCUGUCCAUGUCUCACAAACCACCACUAGUCAAACAAUGACUUCACAGCAGUCCACCCUGUAUGGCCGACAUACAAGCAGCUCCGUCACAACCUCCACCAGUACUUCAAGUGUGUCCAACAAAAUAGCUGAAAUCACUCAAGCUUAUAAUGAACGAGAGGGAAGGAGAGCCUCAGACAGAGUCCAAAUAAGAGACAGUGCAACACAACUAGAGUUGGUAACUGAAUUGCGCUCUCAUAAUGUCCAUGCAUACUACAAAGGGAGUCCACCACUUUCUCCUACUUCACCUCCAACUCAUAUACCAGCCCGAUCUCCUUCCAGAAAAACGGCUGAAUUUUCAACUCAGACUUUCAGUCCCCCAGUGAUAGCACCCUCUGAAGGUUCGGGACCUACAUCUCCUAUUAUGGCACAGGCCACUCAGACACCUCAUAGAUCUAUCUCACCACGGCUCUUUAGACAGCAGUCCUCUCAGGAUGCCACUUUUGUGGUAAUAACAAUUGGAUCAGAGGCAACUAGCCCUCCAAAGCCUGUUACAGUUAACACUGCCACCUCUCCUUUAUCUUCCCCAACAAAAUUUAGCCACCCCUCAUCAUUUGAUGCUUAUUCACCACCUGUAAGCCCUCCUGACACACCACCACACCAGCAGUCACCUUUGCAUGGUUUCUACAGAACCCAUAAAGUUGAGCGAGUUAAUGUUGGUACAAGCAUGGUGACUGCUGCUAGCUCUUAUGCUCGUGGAUCACUUUCAAUGGAAAACAUAUCUCUGUGCCGUAUUUCUACAGUUCCUGGCACCUCAAGAGUUGAGCAAGGGCAAAAGUUACACAGUGCAAGUGUGGCGGACCUAAGAACUGCUAUUAAAUCAUCUCCAAUUAUUAUAACAGAUCAAGGAAUGGACUUGACUUCCUUGGCCACAGAGUCUCGAAAAUAUGCAAGCAGUGCAGAAGGGAGCCCUAUUCGCCACUCCACUACUAUCCAGCCUCUCAUAAUGAAUUUGAAUGCUCAGGAACAGCCACAUGUUGUUGUUUCAACAGCAACAACAGUCAGUGUAACUGUUGCUGCGUCAAUGUUCAUAUCUCAACCCAAGCAUCCUGUGGUUUAUGGUGACCCCCUUCAGAACAGAACAGACUUGGGCCAGGGCAUGGGAACAGUGGUAUGCCUUGUACAGAACAAACAACCACCAGUUGACCCAUCUAUACCAAAUAUUGAUGCCAAGCUGGAAGAUCUUAGUAUUCAACAGCAGCAGUUACUUAAGCAACAACAGAAGCUACAGCAGCAACAACAGCUUUUGGAGCAGCAACUUCAGCAACAUCAUCAACUUCAACAGCAGCAAGCUUCUUCUUUUGCAAAGCUUAGUCUAUCCAAUCAAUUUCCUCUAUUAAAGAAGGACCUAAUUGUCACCCAGACAAGCACUGCCCCUGUUGUCAAUGCAAUAUCUCCAGCUCUGGCACCUGAGAUUUAUAACAUUGGCAGUUCUAUGGAGUUGAAGGGUAAAUUACCUGUUCAGCCUCAAGUUAUGAUGGUCCACAUGGACAGUAGUGCACAAGGAAAACCUCUGACCCAGUUGAUCAAAUCAGAGGAAAGCCAGGAUGCAAGGGAUCUAACUGGGCAAAUCAAGAAAGAGAAUCAGGUUGCAUGCUGUGAUGUAGUUUAUAACUUGCCCUUUGGUGGUAGCUGUGUGGGUGGACCAUUCUCUCAAAAACCAAUGGCAGAUGAGAUGACAAAUGUUAGUGAGCCAUCAAGGCCCCCAUCCGCACCACCACAGCUUUAUGAACCAAUAGAGUCAAAGCAAGAUAAACAGAUAUAUCAUGAUUUCACCUUGAAAUCAUACACACUCCCUUUCCCUGGCCGGUUACAGCCAUCCUUGUCUGAGACCAACAUUGCAGAAGCAGGGCUCCAGUCCUACUCUUCUAAACCUGAUAUGCAAUCCUCUGUAGAAUUAUCAAUGGAUUUAAACUCAGUUAAGCAUGGCUAUGAAGGUGGAUUUCUUGGAAUGGGACUUCAGUAUGGUUCCUACACAGAUCUUCGUCAGGGUGAUGUGGUAGCUCCAACUCUCCCCAUGCGCAGGUACAGUUCUCUGUCCAAUAUAAGUUCAGAUUACGGAUACUCAUCCUGCGACCUUUCUAGUUUACCAGAGUCUAACCUUGCCCAAUAUAGUGCAACUACUGCUAAAGAGAUUAGUAGAAUGUGUGCAGCCCUCAAUUCAAUGGAUAGGUAUGGCAGCAACCCUGAUCUCUUGCAGUUAGGUAGAGGAGGUGGUCCACCGGGCAGAAUUAAUUUGCAGCAGAGUCUUAGACCCAGCUUUAUAUAUGGUCCAGAUGGAAAGCCCUUUUCCCAAGCUCUUACCAGUCUCAUCAAUGCAAGACAAGCAAGCCUUAGAGCCAUGUAUCCAUCAGCAAUUAGAUCAGCUGAUGGUAUGAUCUAUUCAACUAUCAACACACCUAUUGCAUCCACUGUGCCAAUAACAACUCAACCAGCUUCUGUACUGCACCCAUUAUUAAGAGGUGUUUACAGACCAUACCUCGCGCCAAAUAUGACACCAGUGCCUCUGGCCAGCCUCAACAGAAUGCCUGUGGCCCCUAGGAUGCCUCUCACAGGACAGACACCUUACAGUUUUCCAACACCCAGUCCUGUUUCUGUUACAACUUCUGCUACUGCAAAUGACCAAGUUGCAAUCACCACAGAGCAGGAUGCACCUAUCUAUCUUGGAAAGUCUCCUGUAAGCUCUACAGGUAUUGGGACAUCUGCUGUACAGAGUACCCUAACCACAACAAUGCCAACACAAGUGGCUGCUCCAGCCAACACAAGCCAAUCUCAGGAGCAGCCAUUAAACCUUUCUCAGCCCCAUCUUCAAACACAGGGUCCUUCCCAACCUCCAGUGCAGCUUUAUCGGCCCACUCAUAGUCAACUUCCACAACCAUCUGUUUCAAAACAGCCACCACCUCCUACACAAUCAACUGCAGCCACUGCCUCAACUCUGGGAGGUCUUCCACAGGAAAAGGAGAUAGAAGAAGAGCGCCUGCAUCGUCAACAGGAAAAAUUAUUGCAGUUAGAGAGAGAGAGAAUAGAGCUAGAAAAAUUUAGGCAGCUGCGGCUACAGGAGGAGCUUGAGAGGGAACGUGCAGAAUUGCAGCGGCACCGGGAAAAAGAGCAUAUGCUUGUGCAACGGGAGAUUCAGGAGUUGCAGACCAUUAAACAGCAGGUUUUACAGCAGCAACAAGCUGAGAGAGAAAGCCAACUGGUUAUGCAGAGAGAACAACUGGCUCAGCAAAAGCAGCAGCUUGACCAGAUACAGUCUCUGCAGCAACAGCUUCAGCAACAUCUUGAGGAACAAAAGAGACAAAAGAGUGUAGCUGUGGCUGCAGCAACUAGUACACAACUUAUAUGUGACCAAAGUGGCAGAGUUAUUCAGCCACAAGACCUGCCCCCAGAUAUGCAACAUGGUGAUAUUCAGGUGCCUUCCAGGUCUCUGCCCAACUCUGCAUCAGAGAUGUGUCUGAGGAAUAAUGAGGGGCAAGCAGAUAAUAGGUCUAUGCGGAAACAAAGAUCAAUGCCUCGUCUACAGGAUGGUAUUGAGGGAGAGGUAACAAUGUUUUCCCUGCCCACUAGAAUUGUAGACAGCAGUGUACAAACAGAUGAUGAAGAUGAAGAGGAAAGAUAUCUAAUGUCUAGAAGAAGAAGGACUAGACGUAGUGUAGAUUGCAGUGUUCAGACAGAUGAUGAUGAAGAUAAGGCAGAAUGGGAACAACCUGUCAGACGGAGACGUUCUCGGUUGUCCAGGCACUCUGAAUCAAGUGCUGAUCCUAAAACUGAAACUUCAACUCUAACUGCCAAAGUUACAUCCUCUAGUAUUGCCAUCCAGACGAUUCAGGAUUGCUCGUGCCAAACAGAGAUAGAUCAGCUAGGGAAAAUCUCCCCAGCAAUACAUGUCACUGUGUCAGAUCCCAAUAAAGUUGAGAUUGUCCACUACAUAUCUGGUCCAGAGAGAACCCAGAAGGGGCAAAGUUUAGCUUGUCAGACUGACCCCGAGUCCCACUCUCAAGGUGUGGUAGUUCCACAAAUUAACGUGGCCACCACCAUUAGCCCAUAUUCCAGCAGUGCACAACUUGUGGGGUCAGCAGAUCCACUAUCCUCUCGUCCACAGGGUGUUUCAAAGUUUGAGAGACGUAAACCAGAUCCUUUGGACAUUGGCUACCAGCAGCACCAUCUGCACAGUGAGUCGAUGUCCAGUGUGAUUCGGCAACCACCCAAAUCUCCUCAGGUGCUAUAUUCUCCUGUAUCUCCUUCAUCACCACACCGCAUCAUAGAGACAUCCUUCUCGUCUAGCGAGAGGCUGAAUAAAGCCCAUGUUACUCCACAGCAGAAGUCGUAUACAGCUGAGUCACCACAGAGGCACCAGAGUUUACCCCGACCAAUGAAGAAUGUCCAGAGAUCCUUGUCAGAUCCUAAGCCCCUCAGUCCCACAACUGAUGAGCAAACAAAGGCAAGGAUAUCCCUUUACCAGCAACAAGCACUACAAAGUCAGUUGAUGGCACUCCAGCAGAGCUCCCUCCUGAGGAAGGUUAAACGAACUCUGCCAAGCCCCCCACCUGAGGAGACUCAGCUGUCAAUGGUCACCCAUGCCCUGCCCCAGAUGUAUGUGCCCUCUCUGCCUUCUCUGAAGGUGGGUUCCCGUCCAGGUCUAGCAGCCAAGGCCAGCCUUCUGAAGGACCUGACUCAUGAACUAAAGGCUGUUGAGCAAGAAUCCACCAAACUACGAAAACAGCAGGCUGAGUUGGAGGAAGAAGAGAAGGAGAUUGAUGCCAAACUCCGAUACCUGGAGAUGGGCAUUACACAAAGAAAGGAGACUCUUGUGAAAGAGAGGGAGAGGAGAGAGUUAGCAUACUUGCGCUGUAUGGGUGACACACGAGACUACAUGUCCGAUUCUGAACUGAACAACCUUCGGCUGGCAGCUGCAGCCACAUCUGAGAGUAAUGGGCUUCUGACCAGACCAAGCACAGCACCACUCAGCCAAUUUUCCAGUGAGCUAAACACUGCUGCACAGUUUCCCCCUACAUCAUCUUUUGUGUCCUACCAGUUCCCUCAGAGCCAAUCAACAGCAACCACUCUACAUGCCUCCACAUUCCAAAGCACUGGAUUCAGCCAGCCUCCAUAUCCUACAGUCUCCCAGGCACAGGCUCUACCCCAGCCCACACCCCUACAAACCAUACCCCAUCACCCUACUCCAUCUUAUCAUUCUCAAGGGACUUUCCCUUCCCAGAGCUUCCCAUCAAGCCAACCACCUUAUCCAACAGAGCAUACAAUGCUACCUCCAACUGGAUUCCAGCCACCUCCUCAACCACCUGUGGGUCAAACUCCUUACCCAACCCACACCACACCAUACCCGAGCCAGGCCCCCCCCUACCCGGUCAGUCAGGCAAGUACAUACCAGCCACUGGCAGACAUACUAACUGUCAAUCAGAGGCCACGGCAAACCUCACUGGCUGACCUUGAACACAAGAUGCCCACUAAUUAUGAGGUUAUAAACAAUCCUUCUGUUGUAGUAACAACCACUGCCCAAGAUUCUUCAUAUAGCCAAUCUGGUUUGGUUCCAUCUUAUGGUCAGUACAGCACAGCCAUGGCAAGUACCUAUGGGCCAUACUCCACAUCAGGUUCAAGUACUUAUGGUGGAUACUCAACUACCAUAGCAAGUUCAUAUGGGCCAUAUACAACAACUUCAGCAAAUAGUUAUUGUCAGUACACUACAACCACACCUAAUACCUAUGGACACACAACAACCACAGGCAGUUCCUAUGGACAGUAUACCACCACUGUUGCCAACACAUAUGGACAGACAACACUUUCUGAUCAUAUGCACUCAGUGGACAGUCCCUCUGCUUAUACUGGUGAUGGCCUAUAUAGUUCUUCUGGCCUGGAGCAGAAUGUCCCUAGAAAUUAUGUAAUGAUUGAUGACAUAAGUGAGCUAACCAAAGAGGGCAUGGGCACCACCUCAGACCCACACCGCAGUGAGGGCUAUGGGCGCCAUGGGGGUGAUGGACUCCACACACGAGGGGGGAGCUCCUACGGCAGACCAGAGGACGAGCGUGAUGCAGAGAUGUACGACCAUCACCAUGGCAGGGGUAAGAGCACUGGCAGCUACCAAGCACGAGGGCGAGAUACGCAUGGCCGGGUAGUGGGCAGCAGUAGCAUGGGUGGGGGAUCCACAUAUUACUAUGAUGACUACAAGCACUCAACAACCACAAGAGCAGCCCAGAGGCACUCCUCAAAGACCCUGGCCCCAGUUGUCAUGUCUACCAAGAGGAACAAGCAUCGUAAGCAAGGCUUGGAGCAGAAGAUCUCCAAGUUCUCUCCAAUCGAGGAAGCUCGUGAUGUGGAGGCUGAUCUGGCCUCAUACACCAUGAGCACCUCUACUACAAGUGGUUAUGGUACAGGUUCUCAUUCACGAAAACUCCAAGAUGAAAUCUAUGGGCUGCGACAAACCAUGUAUGACCCACAUCGGGGCUACUAUGAUGAUGAACAUUUCUAUGGCUAUGGCAGGUCCCGCUCAGCUGGUUAUGGCAUGGACAAGAUUUCUCGGGAGACAGGCUACCGAAGCAGAUCUUAUGAACGGGACUAUACAGAUCGGUCACACAGAAGCAGCUAUGGCCGAAGUGGGCGUCCCACAUUGCGCUCUCAGUACUCUGAAGAGGAGAGCCCACUUAGUCCUAUGGGGAAGUUCAUGGGCAGUAAGCAGGCCUGCUACGAUCCAUCUUACUCAUAUGGCUCAAGCCACUCUCUUCCUGAUGUACAGGACCAUAUCCGAGACCUGCCACGGACCCAUGUCUACAAACCUGAUGAUAUGUACAUAAUAGACGAUAUGUAUUGCGCUGUGUCUGACAGUGAAGCCUACCAUCUUGGCCAGGAGGAGACUGACUGGUUUGAGAAGCCGCGAGAUGUCCGUGGUUCCCGCCACUAUAGCAGCAGCCAUUCCUCUUCUGGGAGGCGUGGUCAUGUCAAACACACAUACCAUGACUAUGAUGAACCUCCAGAGGAAGACCUUUGGCCACAAGAUGACUAUAGUCACUCCCGACACACAUCUUCUCGAGAGCACCGUCACCAUAGUACUGGAAGUUCUGGUAGACACUCUUCCUCCCGCCACUCUGAUGAGCCUCGUUCUUCUCGAUCAUCUCGCUCUUCAAAGGACCCAUCUAUACGGCAUGACUCUCGUUCUGUGUCCUCUUCUUCAGCAAAGAGAGGAGACUCUCGCUCUCAGGGCUACCACUCUUCUGAUUACUCCCGUGACCCUUCUGGGCACCAUCAUGGCUCACGCACUGGGAAACAGUCUUCCCACCACCAAGGUUCUUCCAGUAGGAAGCAACAAGACCCCCAAGGCCAUCUAUCAUCCUCUAGACAGAUGGGUUCAACUGGCUCAGGGCAAAGGGCUGCAAGUGGACCCUCCAAUACAAGCAGGCAGCCUGGGUCCCAGCAGAUAGCUGAGGCACAGCCGGGCCAGCGAACACAGUUACAACAGCAGGCACAGACAUCAGCAGCUAGGCCUGGGCAGCAGACCCCUGCAGCAGGUGCUGUGCAGUCACAACCAACACAAGUCCAGCAGCUCCAAGCCAAACCUGGCCAGACAAGUCCUGCAACACGGGCACCAGCUGCAGGAGUGCAACCAGCACCUGCAACAGCCAAGCCUGAGCCUGUCACCGCUCCUGUUACUGCAAUUGGAGCAAAAGCAGCCACCCCACAACCUGCCAAAGCAGCCCAGCCCCCACUCACAGGGAUAGGCUCCAAGGCAGCUCCACGACCUGGUGGAAUAGGUAGUGCUGCAGCUGCUCAGCCUGGUAUGGAAGGAGAAAGCAUGUUGUCUAAGAUCCUGCCUGGAGGUGCUGCAGAACAAGCUGGCAAACUGGGAGAAGCAAUAUCUGGGUUUGGAAAGAAGUUCACGUCUUUGUGGUGAGGCAGUACAAUUGAAGGGUUUCUUCAAAAAUGACGGAAGGUGUUAUAAGGCUUUGCACUGGAAAAACCUAUGAAGUUUCUCUUCUGUGUUUUAAUUUAUAAGAGCAGGAGUGAGAGAGAGAGAGAAAGAGAGAGAGGGAGAGAAGUAAUCUUGUUAUACUGCCAACCAGAACAGGAAUCACAAGACUUCAUUAACCCUAGGUCUGGUUACAUGAUCACAGAGGCACUACACAGCUUUCCUCUGGCAGGCCAGACAGGUUCUUAAACGUAGGACUUGCAAAAGCAGGGGUUUUGGCAAGCAAAUACAAUCAAAGAUUCUCCAGAUGUCUCCAGAAGUCCAGGUGCACUACUGCAACUACUGGAGCCUGUCAACUUCCCAAGGGCCCUGUAAUGAAGCAGCAUAAAGCAAAGACAAAUAUUAAACAUUAAAUGAGCAUCUCAAAAAUGUUGGUUUCACUUAGAAUCAAAAUAAGUGGAACACUCACAUGUUGGUAAUGCAAGCAUGCUUUGCAUAGAUACUGGUUCUCUCAAGAAAAUGUUAGAGUAGAGAAGUUUAAACACACAUGACCAUAACCAAUUGGUCACACUGCAUUGCUUGCCAGGGUUUGUGAUUCCAUGUUCCUGUAGCUACUUAGAUAACAAAUUUGACUCCCCUCUCAUCUCAGGGAUGGUAGAAAAAAGAAAUGAAAGUAAAUCAGAGUCAAAACAACUUCAUAGGUUUUUCCUGUCCUGUUAAUGACUUUCUUUUUGUUCUAACUUGACAGCCUUUUAGCAGAAAGAAAACAGAAAAAAAAACAAAGGAAAAGAAAGCGACAACACAAAUGUCUAUGUCAUAUGCUCAGUUUUUAACUCUACAUUCCAGAAUGGAAAACAAAAGUCAUUUUUUGUCCUCUGAAUGCAGACUGUUUUUUCUCUAUUCUCUUGCAAUGUGUUUAAGAAGUGUACAGUGGAGUUCGAAUGCAUGUAACUUUAUAUUCAAGACCUUACACUGUUCACCAAUUUGAUGAGAGUGGGCAUAAGAUAGGAGGAUUCAGAAUAACACUAAGAGUAAAAGAAUGCAUGUAUUAAGAGACAACUAAUAUAUUCCAGACAGAGGACUGAAAUAUUGUAUGAAAGAGAUUUUGAGGCUUUGACAAGUCAGGUCUUGUUUGUCAGUUAGCCACUGUAAAGCCAUUAGGUAACCAUCCCCAGUGUGGGCUUGGGGUCAGUCACAACUGUUCUACAGUGUCGGGGACUCUAAUGUUUCUGCUGAUUUUGUUGUGCAUCUGUUGUUUUUAUUAUUGCCUAAUUUUCUUUCUUUCAUGGAGAGAUGUCACCUUAAACUACUGAUUUAAUGUUUUCAGAACAUGUGGCAUGUUCUUUUAUUCCAUAAUUUAAAGAUUUUUGCUUUUCACACUGGUUUGUAUAUAAUGAUAAUAACAAGCCAAAAUAGAGGCUGGGAUGUUUAUUUCUAUUUUUGGAUUUAUUUUAUGUUGUGUUGUUUAUAAUUUAUUUUUGUUAUUUUUAAUCACUGUUUUUUAUGGUUUUCAUUAGUCUGUAACUGGAUUACAGUUUUUUUUUUCUUUUUCUAUUGGUUUAGAUGUAGAAAAAAGCAAUAGUGGAUGGCAAACACUCAGUCAAGAGCACAAUCAGAUGUUUAUACACUAGUGGUCAGAAGAGCAAUGUAUCUAUCUACCAAACUGAAAUGUUUCCAGAAGUUGUAGAACUACUGCCCCGUCCCUAUAUGGGCAAAAACCACAAAAUUGUCCAAAUCAUAUAUAAGCAAUAGUUUUGAAUAACAAAUUAGCCAUCAUUACACUUGUGAUUAGUUUUAAGCAAUUUUAUGGUAGUGACAUUUUCUGUAAAAGAAAUGAAAACCUGCUUAGGGACUGAUAAGUGUUAUGGUCAAAUGAGGACACUCAUCUAUUUCAUAGCUUGACCAGUCGCCAUUACAUGAUUAAUACUAAUUGAUGAUGUGCAUUUGAGGUUUAUCCCAAAUUGCAGCAUAUACAAUUUGCAGGGGUACAGAAUCCUGUAACAGAAGCUUCUCAGGUCAGAUCUUCCAGCAGAUCCUGUACUUGUGUUGGGUCAAGGGCCUUUAGGUUUAGUGAUAUGACUGAAUUGUAGCCACCUAAGCUAGGACGAGAGCAUGCUCCAGAAAAAAAAAGACUCACCUUGAUAUAAAUAUACAUUAUAAGUAUGAAUGAAUGAUUGUGGUUGCAUGUAUGUAUGCGUCUGGGUUUGUGGUCACUUGAAAAAAGAAAAAUGGAACAAAAAAUUAGAACAACAAGCAUAGGUGAUUUUGAGAGACAACUUUACAUUUCAAAUGUUCUAUGCAAUGCUUCUUAUUGGGGAAAAGUGUUAGGAGAGACAUCAUUCGAUACCAGUAAUGGCAGAGAAAAAACAGAUAGCUUUUCCAACAAAAAUACCAAUUUAAAUAUGGAGUUGACCUGUUGUAAAUAAGUACUUAUAAUGUAAAGAGUUGAAUUGUUUUCCCUUUGUGGCAUGUUUAAGUCGCCCUUCAUGCAACUUUCAAGUGGCAGCCAUAGUGUGAGCCAUGAAUAUUCAUGGGCUAAAUCGAAAACUGCAUACUACUGUAUUAAAUAGUAUGGGGAAAAUAUCAGCCCUCUAUUUUGACACAUGAUAGUAUGCUGUUUUGCGUGUAGCCAGAAUUUAAAUCACUUCCUUAUCUGGUUGUCCUGCACUUAGUUUCAUUAGCCAGUAUGACCAGUUCAUCAGUUGCUUAGCUGCCUGUUGAUGCACUUGUUAUUAAAUAGACAUUGUAUUGAAAUAUGUUUAUGUAAAUAUCAGAAAUUAUUAAGGAGUGAACUACAUACCAAGGCCAUUUCUGUAAUGUUAGUAAUACCUGUUAUGACUAUGGAGUCAUUUUCAAAAUUUUAAUUUAGAACAGGCUAUGGGAAAAUUUGUGCAAUACUGAACCUGUCAUGGUUAUAGUGGAAUAGAAGUACAGCAGUAUAAAUGUGAACAUUUCAUAUAAAUGGGGCCACUCAAUUCCUCCUUUUUUUUUUUUCAUUGUCGCCCCAUGCUUUAUCGGCCUGCCACAACAAAAUGUAUUGAUGACAUACUGCAUUGUUUUGUUUUGUUUAAAAAACCCCACCAAUUUUAUUUGUAAUUUAAGGGUUGAAACUGUUGGUAAGCCAGAACAUCACACUAUUCUUUAAUCAACAUAGUUCAUAAUAAGUGUCUAUUAUUUUGAUUAAAAAAGACUAUUAUUUUAGUACCAAACAUAUUUAAAGUUUAUUAAAAUAGCUAAAUAGAAUCUAUUUAACAUAUGUAAGCAUAUGAAAUAGGAAAUAAGUGUAUAAAUAUCUGACUAAUUGCCAAUGACUACUUCACACGUGGUGCCUGUAGGGCAACUGGGUUGAAUCCCCACAAAUAAAACAGAUAAAGAAAUACAAAUAUAUAUAUAUAUUUAUUAGACACCAUGACAAAUAUGAUGUGUAUACACUGUAUGAAAUUGAUUUUUGUUUCUAAUCUUGUUCACCUCAGGAAAGCACACAGUAAAUGUGACAAGGUGACAAAAGGGGACUUAAUAUGCAUCAUUGUAAGGGCUCAUUUCCAAUACUGAGAAAGCCAUCUUGUUUUUGCUCUGAGCCUGGAUUACUAGGGCUUUGGUGGUAAUGUGUAACAGGGAAAACCAUAUCAUCCCCUUGUCUCACUGUUUUCAACCACAUACAAAAAGUUGCAUUACCGUUACUGUGUUUUGUCACCCUGCACAUUUAAACCUUAUCCUGUAUGUCAGUGAUUUAAUUAAAACCCCAGCAUUUAUUCUAGCAUUAGGUCAAAUUUAAGCUGUUAAAAACUGGCAAAAAGUGGAAAAACACUUAUAGAAGUGAGGGGUGAGAUGAAAAGCUACAAACAAUCCUGUCAUUCAGAUAUCAGGGAAAAUGUAAUUUUAUUAAUUUAUUUAUUUUUUUAGAUAUACUGAAGUAACAAGUGCAUAAGCCUUUAGCAGCAGUCCACUAUCUUUCACCCCUCAGAUUCACUGGCAGCCAUUUUCAUUAUAAAUACUACACCUGCAUAACAUUUAAAUCUUGCACGCACACACAAACAUCCCUUAUGUGAAAGAAGCAAAUGGUGUGUAAAACAACUGAAAGACCACAGCUGUGGUUUUGCCUAUACACCUAUUUUUUUUAAAGGUCAAAGCAUCAGCUAUUACCAACAAAACAUCAAAACAGCAUUGUAUAAUGUGGCUCAAGUGGACUGUUUGGAGGAAAAAAAAAAAAGUUAUAUUCGGAAACAUUACUGGUCUGUGUAAAGUUUCUAUACAUGUUGUGUUUGUAUAUUGAAAAAAAAAAAAUUAAGAGACCCUGGCUUCCAUCUAAUUUAUGGGUUUCAACAGGGGCAACUGAAAGAUGUAAGUUAAAAUAUAAAAUUGCAACCAUAAUAAUAGCUGAGAGUGUUAGAGGGAUCAAAAUUUAAAAAAUAUAUAUGGUACAUUCACUGUUGUAAGUGCAAUGAGCUAUUAUCCAUGUUCCCAUUGUAAACAUUGUGUAUGUUUCAGUGUAAACCUGUAAACAGUUGUAGUUGGCUUGGUGCAUUAUGUCAUGCUAUGUGAUGAAUGAAAUAAUGACCCUACGAUACAUUUCAAUCAGGAAAAAAGAAUAAAUAAGAAUUUGAAACACAA